UCGACUCGGAGGCCACGGUUUAUUGAGCGCUAGAGUUCCCAUAAAGAAGAAGAAGAGGACAAGCCAAGCCUUAGACACAGUUUUCUGAAAUACAAGGCCUAUCGAUCGUCCUUUUAAGCAAGACUCAGAUCCAUAAACCCCAUGCUUCUACGGAUGCUGCUGCUUCUCUGUGCCACUGUCUUCGUGGCAUCGGCCAUGGAGUUCAAGUACCAUACUUUGGAAGAGGUGAACGCUUUCGUGCACCACGUGGCAUCCGAACAUGGCUCGCUCGUCACCCUGCAAUACCUGGGAAACACCAUCAAGGGGCGCAGGAUAUGGCAGCUGAUAUUGACCAAUCGAGCCAAGGAAGACUCCUUCAUACCCAACCUGCACCUCAUCGCGAACAUUUACGGAAAUGACGUGAUGACACGUGAGGUCGUCAUGCACCUGGUCGAGUACAUGGUGGGGCACGCACAGUCUGACCCCGACGUGCACUGGCUGCUGAACAACGCCCGGCUGCACGUGGUGCCGUCGGUGAACAUCGACGGCUCGGACGCCUCCAUCCCAGGAGACUGCAGCGGCAUGACCGGAGGCGAGAACAGCAACGGCGUGGCCAUCAACCGCAACUUCCCGAGCGCUUUCGAGCGCGUGGCGCCUAGCAGCCGCGCCCCCGUCGAGCCCGAAUCGGCGUCCGUGCUGCGCCUGAUGCGCGCGCACCCGGCCCUGCUCACGGUUUUGCUGUUCGCCGGCCUGCACGGGGUCCUCUACCCCUACGACGACCAGCCAGGAGCCGACUUGCCCUGGGUGCGCACUGGUAGCACGACGCCAGACGACGACGUGUUCCAGGAAUUGUCGCGGAGCAUGGUCUCUCUCAUGGCACUCAACGGAACGGCGCCCUGCGCGGGAAAGCCACCCGUCGGCGCCAAUAACGAAGGCUUCGCCAACGGUGCCUCGUUCUCGCGCAUCAGCGGCAGCCUGGCCGAUUACGCGUAUGCCUACGAGGGCUCGCUGCCGCUCAGCGUCUUCAUCGGCUGCUGCAAGUACGACGAGCCACGCUUCCUCAAGGGCCACUUCGAGCAGACCCGUGCACCCCUGCUCAAGCUUCUGCGAAUGGCCGACAGGGGUGUUCGAGGCACCAUUACCAACCGACGUGGCGAGCCUGUGGCGGGUGCGCUGCUUGCUAUCAACAACAGGACGGUAGGGUUCCGCAGCAACCAAUUCGGCGAGUUCUGGCGAAUGCUACUUCCUGGUUUCUAUAUGCUCCUGGUGAGCGCCGACGGAUACCUCCCGGCUGCCCUAGACUUUCAUGUCAACAGCGGCCAUGUCACAACACUAGAAGUCAAACUCUACACCGGCUACAAAUAUGAAGGUUGACAAUGGAAAGGUUCACUUUUCGGUCACGGCACAAGAAACUGCAAUUUUCUUUUUCUGGUUACAUACUUUUAUUGCGCCACGCUAAUAUAUAUUGCUUCGUGCUGCUCUUC